AGGCCAUGACGUCAGCCCAAGGAAAGGGAUAAAGGGAAGAUCCUACAGCAUCAGAAGAUCAGGCUGCUGCCUCAGGAGCUGGGGACAUCAUCUCACUGACUGACCUGCAGCUGAAACCUCCUCCUUCCCAUUCUCACCUCAAGAAAGCAGAGAUCUAUUUUGCAAAGCCAUGCCACAGAAUGUGGUUCUCCCUGGGCCUGCUCCCUGGGGAUUCAGGCUUACUGGGGGCAUUGAUUUCAAUCAGCCCUUAAUCAUAUCUAGGAUAACCCCAGGAAGCAAAUCCUCUUUGGCUAACUUGUGCCCUGGUGAUGUGAUCCUUGCCAUUGAUGGCUUCGGCACAGAGAAUAUGACCCAUGCCGAGGCGCAAGAUAGGAUUAAAGCCGCUAUGGAUCAACUGUGCUUGAAAAUUGAGAGGGCAGAAACAAGGAUUUGGUCACCACAGGUCUGUGAAGAUGGAAAAGCACAUCCUUUUAAAAUAAAUCUGGAAGCUGAACCACAGGAUCUGGGCUACUUUGAGCACAAGCACAAUAUCCGGCCUAAGCCUUUCAUAUUGCCAGGCCGAAGCAGUGGAAGCAGCACACCUUCAGGUUUUGACCCUGGCAGUGGACGCAGCACCCCUUCUUCCGUCAGCACAGUGAGCACUAUAGAUCCUGUAGAGCUGAAAGCUGCCUCUAGGAUUGCACCCAACGUCCCAUUGGAAAUGGAGCUUCCUGGAGUGAAGAUUGUCCAUGCCCAGUUCAAUACCCCCAUGCAGCUGUAUUCUGAUGACAAUGUUAUGGAAAGUUUACAAGGGCAGGUUUCAACCAUCCUAGGAGAGAAGACCCCAAUGAGUGAUCCAGUUCCUCCUGCUGUGCCUCAGUCAGAUGUAUACAAGCUUCUGCAUGAUGAUACAGAACAUCCCAACAAACCCAGGCAGUCUGGCUCCUUCAAAAUACUGCAGGACAUGGUCGACGAUGACCCAGAUCGCCCAGCAGGCACCAGAAGUGUUAGAGCCCCAAUGACCAAACCAAGCACAGGAGCAGCUGCUGUACAGAAAGUGCCCGUCUGUGAUCGCUGUGGAAAUGGCAUAGUGGGCACAGUUGUGAAGGCGAAGGAUAAAUUGCGCCACCCAGAUUGCUUUGUGUGUACUGACUGCAAUCUAAACUUGAAACAAAAAGGCUACUUCUUCGUGGAGGGCCAGCUGUACUGCGAAGCUCAUGCCAGAGCACGUAUGAGGCCGCCAGAGGGAUAUGAUGCCGUCACAGUCUAUCAUUAAAUCACUAAUUAGUGUCAAUGUGUAGGGCCAAGCUAUGAAAGAUUUUAAAAAUGCAAAGUUUGAUUUCCCAGCACAUAAUAUGUGCAUUGUUAUUUAAACAAGAGACUCAUACUUUUAUCAAAGAAUGGAAAUCGAGCCUGGGAUGUAGGGCAACUGAACAACUGGUCAUUCUGUUCUUUCAUUAGAGAUUUUGUUUUUCUCCGCAUUUUUAUAAUUUUCCAGGUAAAUGUGUCUUGUUUUCUUCUACAUAUUGAGUAGAUACAUUUUUCAUAUUAUAGGAAAGAGUUUGUUAGUGUGCUGGUGCCUUCCCCUUUAAGAAUACAGAGAUUGUUGGCUCAUUUAUUGCAGUACAUUAAGUUGGCUGAAUAUUAUAUUUUGACCCAUGCAACUACAUCCAACUUGAAAGGUGAGUUCUGUCGAUUCAGCACCAUCCUACAAAAUCUCCCAUGUAGUUUAGCUCUUAUGGACACAGAAUCUCUGUUUUAUUUAAAAGUAAAGAGAAUAAUUAUCUUGGUAGUUUUUGGCCAAAAUGUCUUAAUGUCCUUUAACAUAUUUAUAUUUAGUUGCUGUAGGAACACAUCCAUUUGUCACUAGAGGGAGUGUUAUGUUGUCCUUAUCCAUUCUUUGCUAUCAAUGUAUAACAAUAGAAUAUAAACAUGCUAGAAGUUUGGAAUCAUGCACAAGCUUAUUUUCAUUUUUGCAUUUAAUAGAAUACGUUUGUAUUGUAGUAAUGGAGAGCACAAAGCACAAUCGUAUACAUGAGACAAAGGACACGUCUGUUACUCACUAGCUGUUGUCCACUAGUAUUAGUGGUGGGAUGACAUACUCUUGGUUGUUACUGGGGAUAUCUGUAGCUUUGAAAGGCAAACUGCAUCUGGAGGGCUGCCAGCUUCCCUUGCCUAAGCUAUAGUAUUUAGCUGGGACGCAAAAGAACAUUAUGGGAUAAGACGGCCUGUUGUGGACCUCACACUUUUAGUACCAACAGCCAAUCCAGUAAAUCAUUUAAAACAUGUUGUCAUAUAUGAGAAUUGUGUGAGAGGAGAACAGCAUUACUGAUGGACUAAAAUAUUUUACUUUGGACUUAAAACUGUACUUGUAAUGCAUACACAGUGCCACUUUACAUGUUAUACUGGCUAAUGCCUUGUGACUGCCAAAGUGUCAUUAAGUCACUGGGCUUCCAAUCAGAAACAUAGUUUGAAACAUUGUGUAUUGAGUACUGUGUAAUAUUGUUAGAGAAUGUGUUCACAUAUGUUUUCACUGUGUUUGAACUGCAGUAUGCACUAUUAACUGUAUCUGUUCUAAUAUAGUUAAUGCUUAUAUUGUUUUCAUAGCCUUUCUAGGCUCACAGCCAUUUCCAAUGAACAUCUAUUAUUUUGUUAUAUAAUGGGGGAAAAAUCUACAAAAAAUAAAAUUAAACUUCUUUGAU